AUGGAUGAGCAACAGUUUGUUGGACUCCUCGAGAGUCUGAUGCAGCCCGACACCGAGCGUGUCAAGUCUGCAACUGCCACCCUGAACAAGAACUACUACUCGUCGCCCGCUUCGCUCACCGCGCUGCUUCACAUCUUGGUCUCGCACCAGAGCCCCAACCUCCGCCAACUGGCCGCUAUCGAGUCCCGCAAGCUCGUCAAGAGACAUUGGCUCGACCUUCCCAACGACCAAAAGCCCCAGAUCCGCGAACAGCUCCUGCAAUCCACUCUCAGUGAGGAGCAGUCGCUUGCCCGCCACUCCAAGGCCCGCGUUAUUGCCUCGAUCGCCCAGAUCGACCUUGCAGACGGCCAAUGGCAGGACCUCCCCGACUUCCUCCAGAGAGCCUCGACCUCCCAGACCGCCAGCCACCGCGAAGUCGGUGUCUACAUCAUCUACACACUCCUCGAGACCAUGCCCGACAUGUUCCAGGAGAACAUGAGCGCUAUGCUCCAGCUCUUCACAAAGACCAUCCAGGACCCCGAGAACGCUGAGGUCAGAAUCAACACAAUGCUCGCUCUUUCUGAGAUCUGUAUGGUUCUAGACACCGACGAGGACCCUCAGUCGCUCAAGGCCUUCCAGGACACCAUCCCUCACAUGGUCCGCGUUCUGCAGCAGGCUGUCGACGACGGUGAGGAGGACCGCGCCAUGCAGGCUUUCGAGGUCUUCAACAAGCUGCUCAGCUACGAGUCUGCUUUCCUCAACGCCCACUUCGGCGACCUCAUGCAGUUCAUGAUGCAGCUUUCUGCCAACACCGAAAUCGACGACGACUCGCGUUCCCAGGCUCUGUCUUUCCUCAUGCAAGCUGUCAGAUACCGCAAGCUCAAGGUUCAGGGUCUCCGCAUCGGUGAGCAGCUCACCACCACCUCUCUUCAGAUCGUCACCGAGCUUGGUGAGCUGUCUGCCGAGGACGAGGACAUCACCCCUGCCCGCUCCGCCCUGGGCCUGCUCGACAUCCUCUCCGAGAACCUUCCUCCCAGCCAAGUCGCCGUCCCACUUCUCCGCGCCAUUGGUCCCUUCGUCCAGAACCCCAACGCCGACUACCGUCGUGCUGGUAUUCUCGCUCUCGGCAUGUGUGUUGAGGGCGCCCCCGACUUCAUCAGCACUCAGCUCGCUGAGAUUCUCCCCAUGGUGCUCCACCUGCUCGAGGACCCCGAGGUCCGUGUCCGUUCUGCCGCUCUCAAUGGUGUCGCCAGACUCGCCGACGAUCUCGCCGAGGAGAUGGGCAAGGAGCACGCCCGCCUGAUCCCCGCUCUUGUCAAGAAUUUCGACUUGGCUAUGCAGCAGCUGAACGGCCCUGCCGGUGAUGAGAACCUCGCCAUCAUCAAGCAGAGCUGCAUGGCUAUCGACUCGAUGAUCGAGGGUCUCGACAAGGAAGACGCCUCCAAGUACGUUGGUGAGCUCGUUCCCAGACUUAGCCCUCUGUUCCAACACCCCGAAGUCAAGGUCCAGAUCUCGGCUAUCGGUGCCACUGGUUCCAUUGCUUCUGCCAGCGAGGAGGCUUUCAUGCCCUUCUUCGAGGGCACCAUGCAAACCCUCGGCCAAUUCGUCUCUAUCAAGGACUCUGACGAUGAGCUCGAGCUCCGUGGUGUUGUCUGCGACUCGCUCGGCAAGAUUGCCUCUGCCGUCGGCGCUGAGGCUUUCCAGCCUUACGUCACCCCUCUCAUGCAGGCCUCUGAGGAGGCUCUCCACCUCGACCAUCCCAGACUCCGCGAGACCAGCUACAUCCUUUGGAGCACCAUGUCCAAGGUUUACGACGACAAGUUCGCUCCUUACCUUGCUGGUGUUGUCAAGGGCCUGAUCGAGUGUCUUCAGCAGGACGAGAGCGAAGAUGGUGUUACCCUUGGUGAGGAGGCUAGAGAGCUUCUUGGCCAGGAGGUCACCAUUGCUGGCAAGAAGGUCAAGAUUGCUGAUAUUGGCGCUGGUGCUGAUGAUGACACCACCAUCGACAUUGACGACGAUGAUGAUGAGGAUGACUGGGACGACCUUGGUGCCGUCACUGCUGUCGCCAUGGAGAAGGAGAUCGCCGUUGAGGUUAUUGGUGAUGUCCUCACCCACACUCGCGGCCACUUCCUCCCCUACUUCCAGCAGUGCGUUGAGGCCGUUCUUGCUCUUGUCGACCACCACUUCGAGGGUGUUCGCAGAUCUGCCAUUGGCACUCUUUGGAGAGGUUACGCCUCUCUCUGGGCCAUGGCCGAGGACAACGGCAUGGCCAAGUGGCAAUCUGGCCUUCCCCUCAAGGUCCAGGCUACUGACGAUCUGAUGAAGCUCAGCAGCUUGAUCAUGACUGCCACCCUUGCUCUUUGGCAAGACGAGGUUGACCGUGGUACCGUCACCGACAUCCACCGUAACCUCGCCGCCACCCUCAAGCUCUGCGGUCCCGCCAUUCUCACCGCGAGCAUCGGGGAGAACGCUGCCUCGCCCGUCCAGCAAAUCGUCGAGAUGAUCCUCUCCAUCUUGCAAAAGCGACACGUGUGCCAGCAGGACCUCGACGGUGAGGAUGAGUUCGAUGUCGACCUGGAGUCAUCCGAGUACGACUGGCUCGUUAUCGAGACCGCCAUGGAGGUCAUCACCUGCCUUGCUGCUGCCCUUGGCGAAUCUUUCGGCGAGCUCUGGCAAAUCUUCGAGAAGCCUGUCGUUAAGUACGUCAGCGGAACCGAAAAGUACGAGCGUAGUGCUGCUGUCGGCACCAUCGCCGAGGCCAUUGGCAACAUGGGUGCAUCCGUCACUCCCUACACCACCAACUUGAUGAAGAUCUUCCUCAAGCGUCUUGGAGACGAGGACCCGGAGGUUCGUAGCAACGCCGCCUAUGGUACCGGUCUCCUCUGCGAGAAGAGCACCAACGAAAACGAGAUCACCGGCCAGUACAACACUAUCCUCGCCAAGCUCGAGCCUUUGUUGCACCAGCAGCAAGAGGCCCGUCUUCUCGACAACUCUGCUGGAUGUGUUGCCCGCAUGAUCAAGAGACACCCCAACAACGUCCCCCUUGCUGACGUCCUCCCCGUCUUGAUCCAGCUGCUUCCCCUUAGAGAGGACUACGAGGAGAACGAGGCCGUUUUCGAGAUGAUCGUCGCUCUCUACCAACAGCAGAACUCGGUCAUCCAGGGCUUGACCAGCUCUAUUCUCCCCGUCCUGCAGAAGGUGUUGAGCCCUCCCGAGGAGCAGCUCAGCGACGAGACGCGCCAGAAGGUUAUGCAGUUGGCCCAGUACCUCCAGUCGCAAUAGAAAGCGACAUGUAGUGGAGAUGUUUUGUAAGAAGUCUGAGAGGCUACGUUGUCACGCACCAGAGGAUACCCCGAGCACAGAGCUCAUCUUUUUCUUUUCUUGUUUUUAGUUAUUUGUUGCAUAGCAUGCGAGAGAGUUCAAAAGUACAUUUUGUUGAUCUUAGAUUGUGGUCAAGUCCAAUCCAAGUCCAGGUACACGUCCAUCUGUUGGUGAAACACUGUAACUUAUGAACGAAACGAUGAUGGAGGCUCCAUUCUGGCGUUGGCGGGUCGGGCGGUUGAACCCUGAUUCGCAGUGGAU